UGUUGUCAGAGUCCUGCUAACUGUGAUUCCGUGACUUUGCUGCAGCUGCUGAGACUCUCAGACACAUUGUAGCCUGUAUGGUUUAGUAAAAAUGAGUAUUCCCGUCGUGGACUUUGGUGCUUACAGCCUGAGUGAAAAGCAUGUUUCCGACGAGCAGCUGCAAGACCUGAGCCAAGAGCUGAAAGCAGCUUUUACAGAAAUGGGCUUUGUUUUCUUGAAGAACACGGGAAUCACUGAGGAGGAGGUGGACCGUGUUAUGGAUGUGUCCAAGAAAUUCUUCCUGCAGCCAGAUGAGGUGAAACAGGAAUUUAGCAGGAACACUUUCGCCGGGUGUCCUAACCACGGCUGGGUGUCACUGGAGACUGAGAGGUUGAAUCCACGUCGACCUGGAGACCUAAAGGAAUCAUUCAACACUUCAUCACUUGACCCAGACAUAAGAUGGCCAUCAUCAGACACAGUGUCUGGGUUCAGGGAGAUCCACAUGUCUUUCUUCCAGCACUGUAAAGAGCUGAGUCUGCGGGUGAUGAGGGUGAUGGCCCACAGCCUGGGUCUGGACCCAGAGGUUUUCGUGAGUGAACACCAGUUCAUAGGAACUAAUAUGAAUGGCACAACACUGCGGUGUCUGUACUACCCACCGGUGAACACUGAGAGAGUGAAGGAAGGCCAGGUUCGCUGUGGAGAGCAUUCGGACUACGGCAGCAUCACACUGUUGUUCCAAAGCUCCGAAGGUCUGCAGGUCCGUACCCGAUCAGAUGAAUUCAUCUGUGCUCCCCUGAUUCCUGGAACUGUCCUCGUCAACAUCGCUGACCUGAUGCAGCGCUGGACCAGUGAUCGGUUUGUCUCUGUGCUGCACAGGGUAUUGCUGCCCCUUGCCGGAGACUCCAGCACACGUCAGUCCCUGGCUUUCUUCGCCCAGCCCGAUGACAAGGCUGUGAUCACCUGCUGCGACGGCUCUGACAAAUACCCUCCAGUCUUGUCAGGUGAAUACCUCAUUGAGCGCUUUAAGGACUCAUACGGACAACCCUGAAUUUCCAUUAUAUAUAUAGUGCUUAACACAUUUAUCAGCCCGUCUGUCAUAAAAAUGAGAAAACAUAAAUGUUUUAGAAUAUCAAAUGUUGUAAAAAAACAAACUGAAUUCACCUUUUUAUACCCAAAUUUGAGCUGGCUCACUGAGCUUCUCUGAGAAGUCAGAAAUGAAUCAACCAAGCAUAACAUUCAACCACUGAAACAACUUUAUCUGUUCAGAAAUGCAAUAACUAUAAUUUGACAUCUUUAUAAAGAAAUAAUAAUGUGCUUUACUAUUUUUUUCUGUAGUAAAUUUGUAGUAAAGUCAUGGAUAACGA